AUGCACGCCUUCCAGUAUCCAACUACAUCCUCAACUGUGUCGCCGGCACCGGUGCCGGCACUGGCCGCACCAUCAUCAUCAUCAAGAACGUCUCUUGCCCAUAUGGGAAUAGGCGCUACUCCCAGUUCAAUGUCGUCAAUGUCGUCGUCGCCAGCAUCUUCAAAGUCAUUCUCGGCCAUCCAGUCUGGUCCUAGUAACGACUUGUUGAAAUACUCACAUUCAAAGAGGAACUCAAAUUCAAAUUUGGGCAUGCACUCUCAGCCACACUUGGGCAUACACCAACAGCCACAUUUACACUCAUACGCUUCGUAUCCAUACUCGUCCUAUCAGAGUCACACCCAGCUCCCACCUCUUCAGAGACUCCCCUCUAUAACCUCAAUAUUGUCAGAGUCUCCCAACAGAUCGGGCAGCGUUUCCUCAAUUGAAUCCUUCCUCAAAUCAGGUGCUACUAAUACCACCAUCAACACAAAUAUAAAUACACCGGUAAAUAUAAACACAGCGGCAAAUGCAGGAACAUGCAUAAAUUCCAAUACAAACGGCCUGUUAGGAUCCUCCCUGGAUACACUCUCCAAUCUCGCAACAAACUCAAUCUCUUCAUUGACUUCGUCAUCUUCAUCUUCUUGUAUUUCUAGACCUUCUCCUACAGGAGAAUCCUCUUCAUUGGGGUUGCUACAUAGAAAUUCCUUGUCAAACUCACACUACCUCGCUAUGCGACCUUACCAAACAGACUCACGCCAGAGGAACAUCUCAUCGCCAUCUCUGAUCAACUACUCCUCAUCCUCCUCAUCCUCAUCCCCCUCCUCUCUACCUUCCUCAGUCACCCCUUUGUCAACGCUCUCCUCAUCAGGCCCAAAGAUGAAAAAGAAGAGAUCAAACCUACCUAAACAGGCCACUGCCGUACUACUCACUUGGCUGGUGGAUAAUAUCAACCACCCAUACCCAAACUCAAAGGAAAAGGUGGAGCUCAUGCGUAAGACUGGUCUUACUCCACAGCAGCUCUCAAAUUGGUUCAUUAACGCUAGACGUCGCAAAAUUCAAAUGUUGAAGGAAAAAUCAUCCUCCAUUUGA